UUGACUGCCAGCGCCAUGAGAAUCUUCAUUUUGUGCGCCCUAUUCGCGUUGGCCGUCGCGCAACCAACCAAGAAUGAGAACUGGAAGAGUGCAAUGGACGAGAUGGUCGAUCGAUCCAGAUCCGAAUGCUCGCAAAAGAGCGACGAAAUUGCUUGCAUGAAAUUCAAGGUGUUCAAUUUGCUCGACCAAGUCUUCAGCAAGGAUAACUUCAAGGUGUCCGAAACAAUGGAAAUUACACGCAACUCGCAUCCUAUCGAAGAAGUAUCCGCUCGUAGCGAAAGCUCCUUCCUUGACACUGUAGAAUCCUACUUGGCCUCUCACGAUGUGACCUUCAAAUUGCCGCUAGACUCCACCGUGAAGGUGAGCUCGCGCAAUAUCGAGGACGAUAAACUCACCUUUGACGUUAAGUUCGGUCAAGGCCGCGCCGUCGAUGAGGCCCGUAGGUCCAAGCUGAAGAAGGUCAUCAUCCCUAUUCUGGUGUUUGUUCUCCUGAAAGCGAUAACUUUGAUCCCCUUGGCCAUCGGUGUACUUGGCCUGAAGGCCUGGAAUGCCUUGCAGCUCGCCUUCUUCAGCUUUAUCGUGUCCGUCGGUAUGGCCAUUUUCCAACUCUGCAAAAAGAUCGCCGCUGAUUCUCAUCCUGCGCCCAUCGCUCAUGGACCUUGGGAGUAUCAAGCUCAGUACAGAUCUUUCCAAAAUCAGGAUCAGAUCUCUUCGCAGUUGGCGCACAAUCUUGCAUAUUCCGCCCAUGUACAAUCGUAAUGUUACUAUCGGCCUAAUGACGCUUUUGUAAAAUAUUUAGUUUCCUAUUUUUACUGUCUAUUUAAUAAAUUAUUAUUGCAAAUCAUUUUAUAUUAUG